UUCACUUCCCUUUUUCAAAAACAAAACCAAAAAAACUUUUCAAAGGGAAUCGAACAAGGGAAGUAAAAGAAGAAGAUUCUAAAAUCUAAACACAAAAACAGUCGUACCAAUCUCUCUCCUACCCUCCUCUUCCCCUCUCACUCCCCAUUGAUGACAACAAUGAUCAUCCGCAAUAACAACCAACGUCAUAGUGGUGGUGGCGGGGAAGGCGGCGUUGGCGGGGGAGGAGGAGCAGCAGCAGCAGCAGCUUCCUCAAUCAUCUCUCUGUUGCGCACAAUACUAAUCAUAGCAUCCAUUGUAUUAACAAUAAUCUCAUCAACUGUAUCUUCAAGUGCAAUCUUCAGUUUGAAGUACAGAUAUGCAGGCACAAAUCGCUCCCUAAAUUCCCUGAAACUCCAUGAUACUAAUCGCCUACAAAUGCUCUCUAAUGUUGACCUUCCUUUGGGUGGUAAUGGCCGCCCUGAUUCUUCUGGGCUAUAUUAUGCGAAGUUGGGUAUUGGGACACCUCCAAAGAACUUUUAUAUGCAAGUGGAUACAGGGAGUGAUAUCACAUGGGUUAAUUGCAUUGAAUGUACGGAGUGUCCUAAAAGAGGCUAUCAUGGUAUAGAUCUCACACUCUAUGAUCCCAAGGACUCUAUCACUGCUCAGAAUGUCUCUUGUGAUAAACCAUUCUGUUUAGAAGUAAAUGGUGGUCCAUUUCAAGUAUGCAGAGCCAACGAAUCAUGUUCAUUUGCCGAGUUCUAUGGGGAUGGGAGCUCUAGUACUGGAUACUUUAUGGAGGAUAUUGUGCAUUAUGAUCAAGUUUCAGGCGAUCUUCAGACUACGACUGCAAAUGGGAGUAUCAGUUUUGGGUGUAGUGCUGGACAAUAUGUAGACCGAGGUACCCCAAAUUCUGAUGAAGCUCUUGAUGGUAUUCUUGGAUUUGGCAAGUCAAAUUCAUCUGCAAUCUCGCAACUAGCUUCAUCAGGACAGGUGAAAAAGAUGUUUGCCCAUUGUCUGGAUGGUGUAAAUGGUGGAGGCAUCUUUGCUAUUGGAACUAUUGUGCAACCAAGGGUCAACACAACUCCAUUGAUGCAGGAUGAGCCGCAUUACAAUGUGAACAUGACUGGGGUUAAAGUUGGAAAUUAUUCUUUGAUUCUUCCAUCAAAUUUAUAUGAGUUAGGAGGCAAGAAAGGAGCCAUAAUUGACAUCGGUACUACCCUUGCUUAUCUUCCCGAGAUUAUCUAUGAGCCACUUGUUAUUCAGAUACUCUCGCGGCAACCUAACUUGAAAUUGGUUACUGUCCAAGACCUUUAUACAUGCUUCAAGUAUUCUAAAAGUGUUGACGAUGGAUUUCCACCUGUAACAUUUUAUUUUGGCUCUGGGCUCUCUAUGACAGUUUACCCCAAUGAGUACUUUUUCCCUGUUGAUGAUUUCUGGUGCAUCGGUUGGCAAAAUAGUGGAAGGUCAUCCAGGGACAAAAGGAACCUCACUCUUUUAGGAGAUCUAGUGCUUUCAAACAAGCUGGUCAUAUAUGAUCUGGAAAACAUGGUCAUUGGAUGGACAGAAUAUAACUGCUCUUCAAACAUUCAGGUCAAGGAUGAGCAGACGGGAACAGUUCAUCUAGUAGGUCCUCAUUUUAUAUCUUUUGCCUCCACUGUAGAUAUUCAAACACCCCUAAUUGUGUUGUGUAUAGGCUUAGCUCUGCUGUUUACGUUGUCAGUAAGUUGAGCUGCUAAUGUUGAUAAACUGCAUAUAAUAUGACACAACAUGAGCAGUUUAACAGAAGUGUACACAUAUUAUAGAUAUAGGAACUCGGUAUAAUUUUUCCUGUAAAUAUUCUGAGUACAGAUGCAAUUAAUAUUUGCACCCAAAGAGUGCAAAUUGUAGUCUCCAUCCAUUAUGCAAAUCAUCUACGAAGAAUUCACUCAAUUGAAUUAUGUACAUGUUAAAAGUUUCUUCAUUA